AUGUCGCUUGCUUUCGAUGAGUUCGGCCGACCAUUCAUCAUCUUGCGGGAACAAGACAAGAAGACGCGCAUUCGUGGCAUAGAGGCCCAGAAAGCAAAUAUACAAGCAGCCAAAGUGAUCUCCAGAAUGCUGCAGUCGUCUCUGGGGCCCAAGGGCAUGGACAAAAUGCUACAGAGCCCUGAUGGGGACGUCUGUAUUACCAACGAUGGAGCGACGAUCUUGGAGCAGAUGGAAGUUGAAAAUCAAAUAGGAAAGCUUUUGGUGGAGCUGUCAAAGAGUCAGGACCAUGAGAUCGGCGAUGGGACCACGGGGGUGGUUGUGAUGGCUGGUGCUCUCCUGGAACAGGCCGAAAUGCUGCUUGACCGUGGCAUACACCCGCUGCGGAUAGCGGAAGGCUAUGAGAGAGCCUGCAAAGUUUCGAUCGAGAACUUGCAAAAUAUAGCACACAGCUUCAACUUCAGUGAAAGCGAUAUGGAGCCAUUGGUGCAGACAUGCAUGACCACCCUAUCGUCCAAAAUAGUGGGACGUGUGAAGCGUGACAUGGCAGAGAUGUGUGUGAAAGCAGUCCUUACAGUUGCUGAUCUGAAGCGGAGGGACGUCAACUUGGACCUCAUAAAGGUUGAUGGGAAGGUGGGGGGCAGGCUUGAAGAUGCCAAGCUUGUCAAUGGCAUUGUCAUCGACAAGGACAUGAGCCAUCCGCAGAUGCCAAAGCGGAUUGAGGAUGCCAAGAUCGCAAUCCUGACCUGCCCAUUUGAGCCGCCCAAGCCUAAGACGAAACACAAGGUGGACAUUGACACGGUGGAGAAAUUUGAGGCGCUGAGGGAGACAGAGAAACAAUACUUCCUGGACAUGGUGAAGCAGUGCAAGGACUCUGGAGCAACACUCGUCAUCUGCCAGUGGGGUUUCGAUGAUGAAGCCAAUCACCUCCUGAUGGCCAACGACCUGCCAGCUGUGCGGUGGGUUGGUGGUGUGGAGAUUGAGCUUCUGGCCAUGGCAACCGGCGCUCGCAUUGUGCCUCGCUUCUCAGAGCUCACACCAGACAAGCUGGGCAGGGCCGGAGUUGUGAGAGAGCUGUCGUUUGGCACGACCAAGGACCGCAUGCUGGUGAUUGAGAACUGCCCCAACUCCAAGGCGGUGACCAUCUUUGUGCGCGGCGGCAACAAGAUGGUGCUGGACGAGGUCAAGCGCAGCCUGCACGACGCGCUCUGCGUCGCCCGCAACCUGGUGCGCGACAACUCCAUCGUCUAUGGCGGAGGCGCGGCCGAGAUCUCCUGCUCCCUCGCUGUCGAGGCCGAGUCGGAGAAGGUGGUGGGUGUGGAGCAAUUUGCCAUGCGCGCAUUUGCAGACGCGUUGGACACUGUGCCGCUGGCGCUGGCAGAGAAUGCAGGCCUGUCGCCCAUCCAGAGCCUGACGGAGGUCAAGUCACGGCAGUACAAGGAGAAGAACCCUCACCUGGGCAUCGACUGCAACAGCGUGGGCACCAACGACAUGCGCGAGCAGAACGUCUUUGAGACUCUCAUAGGCAAGAAGCAGCAGCUGUUCCUGGCAACGCAGGUGUGCAAGAUGAUUCUCAAGAUUGAUGACGUGAUCCAGCCCGCCAACUAUGAUUGAAUCCAUGCGAGAUUUCUUAGCACCAUGACAGGAUGCUCUGCAUCCUCGACUUGAGGAACAAUGCUGAUGCUUCUGUUUUGCGAGCAAAGCUAAGUGAGGAUCAGUGCACGGUAUGGCAAAGAGGACUUCACCCUUUCUCGGGCUGUAAGUAAGGUAGUUGCUAUGCCAGGAGCAUGUGCAUGCCAAGAUUAUAUGUGCCUGUUGGGGAAGAAGAAAUGAAAAGAUUAUUGAAC